AUGGUUACUAAUUCAAUGCAAAAUGGAGGCAGUGGGAUUAGCAAGGAGGAUAAAGGGAAAAAUGUGAUUGAUGAUGAAGGAUUUACUAAAUUUACUAAUAAGAAAAAUAAGAAUCUUAAAGAUGGAGAAGGCACAAGUAAUUCAGUGAGGAAAGCUGCUAAUAUAGUUAAUCAGAAAAGUAAUGGGAAGAGUAAUUUCUCAAGAGUGGGAAAUAAGUUUAGGGGACAAUAUGGGAACAGAGGUGGAAAUGGUUGGGGACAAAAUAGGAAUUGGAAUAACAAAGGAGUGGGUCAUUGGAAUUUGGAGAAGAAUAAAAGAUUUGAGAAGGUGGUUUCUAGGCAGUAUAAUAAUAAUGAACAGAUAAAUAAUGGAGACAAUAAGCAGGAGGCAAUAAAAAAGGAUGUCAAUGAUAUGGUUGAGAUUAAGAAGAUUGCAAAGAAAACAAACAGCAGCAAUAAAGACAGCUUUGAAGUUUUGGGAUUGAUUGAUGAGGAAGCUAUAAUUGGAAUGGAAGAGGAUGACAAAAAAGAUAAAAUUGGUGUGCAUCUUGAUGAUCUGAAUUGUACUUUCUCUACUAUUGAUGACAGCAGGUUGAAACAUAAUGAGAUUCAUACUAUGGGCAUUAGGAAUGAUGAUCUAGAGAUGGUUAAUGCUGAAAAGAUGGAUAACAAGAGGAAUAAUGAUAGCAGUAGUCUUAGUGGAUUAUCUCAGGCAUUUGAGGUGGUAAAUGCCAAAAAUUCUGUUAUUAUUCAAUGA